GGCUCAAGGAGAGUAGUGGGACGAGUUCCGGGAAACUGCCGAAGGUGGAAGAAGGUCAAGUGGUGGAGACAAUGGAGGCAUUUCUGCUGGCGAAGGCCUCUCACCCGGUGUCGAUCUCCGCUCCGGUCACGGUGCCGGGAGAUCGCGUGAGCUUGAAAGGUCAGCGUCCAUCCACCCGAAGCUGGACGCCGCUGGUUCCCGCGCUGGGUGGCGUCGCGUUGAUCGCGGGCAGCCGGCCCAUUCGAGCAGCGCGAGCGCCCCAGGUGCAGAGACUGAUGGCACAGCGUCCGAUCUUUGAUCCGCUGAACCUCCUGACGGACAAUGAAGGUGCCAUGAAGCGUGCCACGUCCUUGGAACUGGUCUUCGGCCGAGCCGCGAUGCUGGCAGCGGUCGGAGUGCCGUCGGCGGAGCUCUGGCACGAUGAGAUCGCGGCUGCCACCGGUUUGCCCAACAUUUUGCCCGAGAACGGCCAGGCGCCCAGCCUGAUGAACGGCAACAGCCUCAACCCCAUCUUUGACGUGGUCCUCGUGACCAGCGCCGUGGGCUUGAGUGCCUUGGCGCUGGAGGCCACGUCCAAGAACCACUCCGUCGAGGAAAUCGACCAGCUGCGCAUGCCCCGACUUUCACCCAUGCUGAAGUCGGCCUUGCGUGAGGCGCAAGUCUUCAAUGGACGGGUGGCCAUGGUGGCCAUUAUGGCGAUCGCAGUGCAGGAGGCCAUGACUGGACAGGCCACCGUGAACAUCACUCCAUUCCUUUUCGCACGAUGACGCAGCUGAACAAGCUGAGAAAGGAAGCGGUCUUUCGUGGCAUUUGUAGCUGGGUGGACUGGUGUUGGUGUAGGGGC